GACUCCGGCUGGGCAGGAUUCCGGACAACGCCUGGUUCCUCUCGGGUCCUUCCGGCGUCGCCGGAGUGAAUUGAUCCGGGAGUUGAAGAGGGCUCCAAAGGUGGGAAGUGAAGUCAGUGCCUCAGUUGCCGGUCAGUAUAUGUUUUGUGCCCUAUUUUAUCACAAAAAAGAGAAGAAAUACUGCAGUGAAUGAAGAUUCCUCUGCAUUUUAGCACUGCCUUUUCUACUGUAGUUGGCUUUUGAAUGAGGAUGACAAUGGAAGAGAUGAAGAAUGAAGCUGAGACCACUUCCAUGGUUUCUAUGCCCCUCUAUGCAGUCAUGUAUCCUGUGUUUAAUGAGCUAGAACGAGUAAACCUGUCUGCAGCUCAGACACUGAGAGCAGCUUUCAUUAAGGCUGAAAAAGAAAAUCCAGGACUCACGCAAGACAUCAUUAUGAAAAUUUUAGAGAAAAAAAGUGUAGAAGUUAACUUCACAGAGUCCCUUCUUCGAAUGGCAGCUGAUGAUGUAGAAGAGUAUAUGAUUGAACGACCAGAGCCAGAAUUCCAGGACCUAAACGAAAAGGCACGAGCACUUAAACAAAUUCUCAGUAAGAUCCCAGAUGAGAUCAAUGACCGAGUGAGGUUUCUGCAGACAAUCAAGGAUAUAGCUAGUGCAAUAAAAGAACUUCUUGAUACAGUGAAUAAUGUCUUCAAGAAGUACCAAUACCAGAACCGCAGGGCACUUGAACACCAAAAGAAAGAAUUUGUAAAAUACUCCAAAAGUUUCAGUGAUACUUUGAAAACCUAUUUUAAAGAUGGCAAGGCAAUAAAUGUGUUCAUAAGUGCCAACCGACUAAUUCAUCAAACCAACUUGAUACUUCAGACCUUCAAAACUGUGGCCUGAAAGUUGUAUAUGUUAAGAGAUGUACUUCUCAGUGGCAGUAUUGAACUGCCUUUAUCUGUAAAUUUUAAAGUUUGACUGUAUAAAUUAUCAGUCCCUCCUGAAGGGAUUUAAUCCAGGAUGUUGAAUGGGAUUAUUGCCAUCUUACACCAUAUUUUUGUAAAAUGUAGCUUAAUCAUAAUCUCACACUGAAGAUUUUGCAUCACUUUUGCUAUUAUCAUUCUUUUAAGAAUUAUAAGCCAAAAGAAUUUACGCCUUAAUGUGUCAUUAUAUAACAUUCCUUAAAAGAAUUGUAAAUAUUGGUGUUUGUUUGACAUUUUAACUUGAAAGCGAUAUGCUGCAAGAUAAUGUAUUUAACAAUAUUUGGUGGCAAAUAUUCAAUAAAUAGUUUACAUCUGUUAAA